AUGAGGUGGAUCCCUCUAGAAGCUAAUCCUCAGGUCCUGAAUGAAUAUAUGAAUAAACUUGGAGUUGUCGAAGAGUCAUGGAAGUUUAUAGACAUUUUUAGUUUGGAUGAUGAUAUGCUUGCAUUUGUACCAGAACCCGUGAUAAGCCUAUUAUUUUUAUAUCCUCUUGAAACUUCCAUUGAAAAUGCUUCAUUAGGUGUUGAGGAUAACUCAUCCAAUGUUGUUUUGAUCAAACAAACGGUCGGUAAUGCUUGUGGAACUAUUGCUAUAUUACAUGCCAUAGUAAAUAAUAAACAACAUUUAAGCAUCAAAGAUGGUUCCUUUUUGAGCAACAUUUUAAAGGAAUUCGAAAAUAAGACACCUGCUGAACGUGGAGUUAUCGUGGAGAGUAAAAAAGAAAUUUCCGCGUUGCAUGAGAAGUCAGCACUAGAAGGUCAAACAGAAGCACCAAACGCUGAGUCAAAAACUAAUUUGCACUUUGUAUGUUUUGUUGAGCAUGACGGAUCUCUAUAUGAACUCGAUGGUCGAAAAAAUGCACCCGUUCUCCAUGGAUCGAUAACAUCAGCUGGUUUUCUGAAAGAUGCAUGCAAUGUAAUCAAAAAGUUCAUCACUUGUUUACCUGGAAGUGUAGAAUUCAGUUUGAUGGGAUUAUGUUCCGAUAAUAACUGA